GAGAGAGAAGGAAGUCGAUGGCGUCGCAGCAGGAAAGACAGGAACUUGACUGCCGUGCAAGGGAGGGAGAGACGGUGGUUCCCGGCGGCACUGGCAGGAAGAGCCUCGAGGCUCAAGAACACCUGGAUGCGGGAAGGAGCAAAGGAGGCCAGACAAGGAAGGAGCAGCUGGGGACGGAAGGGUACCAGGAGAUGGGCCGUAAGGGCCAGCUGAGCACCGGCGACAGUCGGGUGGCGAGCGUGCAGCCUGCGAGGGCAUUCGGAUCGACAGGUCCAAGUUCUGAACCAAGAGCUGAACACUCUCUCUCUCUCGUUAAGGUCGAUCCAUCGUCACUCGCUCAGCUCCAAUCGUCCUUCUGUAGCUUUAAGACUACUCAGCGAGUUCAUAGAGAGAGCGACGCAGAGAGAACACACAGAAAUGGCGUCGGGCAGCAGAGAGAAGAGCUUGACCGCCGUGCGAGGGAGGGAGAGACGGUGGUUCCCGGCGGCACCGGCGGCAAGAGCCUUGAGGCUCAGGAACACCUCGCUGAAGGGAGGAGCAAAGGAGGGCAGACGAGGAAAGAGCAGCUGGGGAAAGAAGGGUACCAGGAGAUGGGCCGCAAGGGCGGGCUCAGCACCAUCGAGGAGUCCGGCGGAGAGCGCGCCGCUCGCGAGGGCCUCGAGAUCGACGAGUCCAAGUUCAGGAACCGGAGCUGAAUCAUAUAUCAGCAACUGCACUUAGCUAGGUCCUCCUUUUUUGGGGGUUUGCAUGCUUAAGAUAAUUAGCAUAUGAUCACCAGCAUCUGUGUUGUAUCGUAUGUUGUGAGAAGUUUCGGUGCUGGCGCGGUGUGUGUACAACUAAGCUGGUGUCUGCAGUACGUGUUCGACUGUAAGUAUAUAGGAUGCGUAGUUGUUCUCACUGCUCGGCAUUUUGAUCUUACUUCUGGAAAGAAUAUCAAGAUAAUUUUCGUA